UCAUAAAAUUGAUCGGUUUUGGUUAUCGAGAACUGCAUUUCUUCUCUUUGUCAUUUCUUCUCUUGCAUUAUUUAUAUUUUAAUUCUGACCGAAACGUCAACAACUCGCGGUUAUUCGAAUGCGACACAGUACAGAGAUUCGCAUAUCAUAGGAUUUUCUAAACACGACGAUCGCCUGGAAGCGGCGCGGAGCAUCGAAAAAUUCUUACGUCUCCGUUUGGACGGCGGCCAAGGACGGGUUGCUCAACUUCGAUGGUCGCAUCUACAUUCCCGAUGGUGCUCUCCGCCGUACAAUGUCACCAGAACAAUAAUUGCUAUGCGCGAUUACGCCAGUUGAAAGCAUUAAUCGCGAGUCGGUGCACGUACUCCUGAGUGCGUAUAAAAGUGCGCCACCCCGAGAGCACGAGCAUCAAUCGAUCUUCGAUCUUCGAACUCUCCGAGGCUUUCACGAUCCUCUUUCAACAGCCAGCAGACAUGAAAUACUUCGCUAUCGCCCUGUUCGCCCUGGUGGCCGUCGCGGCCCUCACGGAGGCGAAGCCCACCGGCGGGGUGGAGUCCAUCGAACCGGCGCGGGCCGAGGCCACCUCGUCGGAAGCAGCCAGGAACAAGCGAGGGUUGCUGCUGAGCGCGGCGUACACGUCGCCGAUCGCUUACAGUGCAUACACCGCGCCGGCCGUAGCGUACUCCGCAUACAGCUACCCCUACGCGUACACGGCCUAUUCGGGCUACCCCUAUUACGCCGCCGCCUACAGCGCGCCCUAUUACUUGGCCUAGAUACGCGGCACACACCCGAGCCCGAGGAAACACGCCAAAUUAUACCGGCCAGUCUCCCUCCGAUUUCAAUGACGACAACCGCCGACAACCUGAUUGGACGCAUAAGGAGGAACACUCGAGCGACAUCACGUAAGACAGUUUAACAUCGGCAGAAUCAACAUCUCGAACGGAAUAUAUUCGCUAUGUCGAAUGAAUUCCGCUUUCGUCGAGAAGAGCGUUCGAUUCGGUCACCAGUGAAAUGGGUUAUCUAUUAUUUGCUUGAAUUCGAUUCUCGAAAGGGAUUUUAUUUAAGGUACCUUACUCGGGUUGUGCAGGGUUCUUUGCGAAAUUAUUCAGGAGUCAUGCAGGCACGCGAAAAGAUAAUGGACGGGAUAUAAAUAGCCAUUUGUAUGCACAGUAAGAUUCCACAGGAAGUCCGCAAAUAAACAGGAAACAAACCAUAAUAAGAACCAGGCCUUAUUCGAGUGAGGUACCUUCACUUUUGUUACCGGUAAUACCUCUUGCAGUUAUGUCUGUAAACUAUGUGUCAUUGGUUCUCUAAGGAAAAUACUUGUACGUUUGUAUGAUCUGUUUGAACACUUAUUACACUAUUACACUAUUACAUAUAUGCACGUACACCAACAUACAGUAUCUUCUAUUAAAUAGUCUACAUAUUUACGUAAAAAUGAAUGAAACGGACCGUCCACCAUCUGGAUUUGUACAGAGAGAAUCAUUCGUGCAACGUAAUACGUGCUAUAUUGCCCUUCAUUGUGUAAAAAAGAUUAUUGAUAAAGCGUUGUCAAGAAUGUCUCUUUGUGCAUACAAUGCAUUUAUAGAUCGUAUAAUUCAGUGAAUAUACCUCAAUUAUAUAAUCAAAUGCAUUGUAUUCUCCUAUGUCGCUUAAAUAUCUGUAUGAAUCUAAAUUUUCGCGAGAAGAAUAUCCGCAGCGUGAUCCUGUACAAUAUCUCUUAUCAUAUAAAAUAUUAACAAAAAAAAUUGACGAAACGUUGCUAAUUAUUCUUCGCGCUUGUAUCUUCUAUAAGAUAUAUGCUGUAUAAAUCAUGUAAAUCACUAAAAAAAAUAUAUAUAACGCACAUAAUGCAAUAAUA